CCCGGGCAGGGCAGUAUCUGGCGCAGCACAGUGCGGGGUCACUCACUCUCCGAUGCCACUGCGCUCCAUGGCCAUGGCGUCCCCUGUCCUGCUCGUGGCCGCGCUGUGCGCGCUGUUUUCAGCAGCAGCAGUGGUGGCCAGGGGAGGAGAAGCCGAGGUGGGGGCGGCGGCAUUCCGCAGCCGGGCCACGGACCCCAACAUGGAGGUGAAGUUCGACUUCUCGCCGUUCCUGAUCCAGUACAAGAGCGGUCGCGUGCAGCGGUUCAUGGGCACGACGUUCGUCCCGCCGUCGCUGGACGCGCGCACGGGCGUCGCGUCCAAGGACGUGGUCCUGGACCAGGCCACCGGGCUCAGGGCGCGGGUGUACCGGCCGAGCCGCCGCGCCGUCGUCGGAGGGGGCGGCGGCAGGCUCCCCGUGCUCGUCUACUUCCACGGCGGCGCGUUCGUGGUCGAGUCGGCGUUCGACCCCGUCUACCACGGCUACCUCAACGCGCUGACGGCCAAGGCGAACGUCGUCGCGGUGUCGGUCAACUACCGCCUCGCGCCGGAGCACCCGCUCCCGGCGGCUUACGACGACGCGUGGACGGCGCUGGCGUGGGUGCUCGAGAACGCGCGGCACGGGGGGGAGCCCUGGCUCGCGAAGCACGGAGACGCCUCCCGCCUGUUCCUCGCCGGCGACAGCGCCGGCGGCAACAUCGCGCAUAACCUGGCGAUGCGCGCCGGCCAGCAGGUUGGAUCCGGCGGCGGCGCGGCGGGGGCGGCGAUCAGGGGAGUGGCGCUGCUGGACCCCUACUUCCUGGGCCGGUACGUGUCCCCGGGCGCGGAGCGGGCGUGGUGGUUCAUCUGCGCGGGGCGGUACGGGACUGGUCACCCGUACGUGAACCCGGCGGCGCUCCCGGCGUCGGCGUGGCGGGCGCUCCCACCGGCGCGCGUGCUGAUGACGGUGUCGGACCAGGACCGUCUGGGCCCGUUCCAGCGCGCGUACGUGGACGCGCUCCGGGCCAGCGGGUGGGGCGGGCGGGCGCGGCUCUACGUCACGCCCGGCGAGGGCCACUGCUACUUCCUCAACAACAUCGCCUCGCCCAAGGCCGCCGCGCACAUGGCCACGCUCGCCGCCUUCAUCAACGGUAGCUGAGUAGCUGACCGGCCGGCUCCCGUCGGCGGCGUGGUGGUGGUACUCCGAUCGAUCAGAGACCUGUAGCUAUCACUGGUGACAGCCAUACACAUAGCAUAAACGUACGUAUAGUCGUAUACUACUGUAUUUUGUCAGUGCCCGAUGAGUGAUGAAUGACCAGAGCCAUGUACUGCGUGCUUGUCUUUUUUUUUUCUUUUUUGCUCACUUGUGACUUGUUUACUGCGGCGGCCGGGGAAUGUACACGUCGGUUUCACCUGAUCUUUGGAAA